AUGACUCCCCCGCCAGUGCAUCGGGUUUCGAACAAGCGGCCGCGCAGCCCCGGCAAGGGCGAGGCGGUGGGGCUGGUGCUGGAGCCGCCGUCGGUGCCCGCCAGGAAGAGGCGGCGGCUCGGCAGCCACCCGUGUCUUCACGUGGAUGACCACAACCGUGUGCUAGGCUCGGUGAACGGCCACGCGUGCCUCGUCCAGCUGGACUCCGGGGCCCAGAUCACCUUCCUCUUCCACACCAUGGCCAAGAGGCUGGGGCUGAUCACCGGCACGGAGCCCACCGCCAGGCUUCCACGUGUCAGAAAGGCGCCGCAAGCUGCUCCUCGCCAGCAGGAAGGCCGCAGGCUGCCCAAGCGCGUCGUGCUGGACUUGGGCGACGGCUGCCGCGUGAACGCCGCGCCGCUGGAGGAGGUGGCCUCCAACGACUAUGACUUCGUCAUGGGCGUCUCCCUCCUGUGCAAGUACAGCGCCGUGCUGGACCACGCCCGCCACACGCUCGCCUUCAAGACCGGCUCCCAGUGGCGGGAGUUUUCAGAGUUGCGCUCGCAGCUGAACGAGCAGCUGAGAGCGCUCGAUGGCCGCGUGGACACGCAAACAGCCUUGGUGGGGGAGCUGCAGGACUGGUUCAGGCGCCGCGCAGAGCUCCACCAGGACUAUUCCUUCAAGCUGGACAAGCUGGCAAAGUCCCUCCAGGCCAGGCACAAGGAACAGAAGUACAAACGUGAACAGCUGCAUCUGUUAAGUGUGUACAGCUGCUGGAACUCUUUGGUGAACCAAACGAGGAAAGAUGCACGAGAUCAUGCUGCCAUGGCUGACGUCUACCUCAACAACAUCAUUCCCCGGUUCACUCAAGUCCAGGAUGAUGUUCAGCGAAUAUACAAAAGGUGCCGAGAAAUUGGAUAUGAUAGCCAUGAGGAGCUGCUUAAAGUGCUACAUGAGCUACACACAACCAUGCGCACCUACCACACAUACCAGACGGAGUACAAGAAUGCUGAGACCAAACUUCGCAAUUUUGAGGCUCAGAGAAGCAAGCUGGAACAAGUCAUUCCCAAGGAGAAGCUGGAAAAGAACAAGAAAUUUAGACUUAUUGAAAAGGAAAUUCAGAAGAGAAGUAAUAAGCACAUGGAUGCCAAGCUGAAGGCUUUGAAGGCAAGAAAUGAAUACAUCCUCUCGAUGGAUUCUGCUAAUGCUGCCAUCCAUAAGUACUUUGUGGAAGAUCUUUCAGAUAUUGUUGAUUGCAUGGACUUCGGAUUUCACAGCAGUAUAGCCCGAGCCCUCCUGACCCAUGUGUCUGGCCAGGAGUGUCUGCGCAGAAGCUUGCAGAGUGGCAUCGAUGACAUCAACAAGACCAUCAACAACCUGGACUCCCGUCUCGACAAGCAGAGAUUCCUGGAGUUCAACAAUGCUGCCUUCAUGCUGCCCAAGAAGUUUGAGUUUCAAGGACACAAAGGGGAUGAGGUGAACCAGGUGGUGGUUAACCGCCAUGUGCAGGAGGAGAUGGAGAAGCGCUAUGCUCACCUGGUCUCCAGACUUACCAGUCUCAAGACUGAGUCAGAGGAGACAUGGAAGACGAUUGAGACAGCAGAAAAGACUCUCAUGGAGAUGAUCAACCAACGAGAUUACGACUGUGCUCACUAUUUUGUUGACGAGCCGAGGCCAGACAACAAGCAGCCUGAGUCCAUGUUGAUCAAGAUGAAGGCAGACCGGCAGGAGACUGAGGACUUUUAUUUAAGUAAAUUCCGUGAAUACACUCUUGGAAGCAAUCUCAUCACACGGUUACAAGCACGAUAUGAGCUGAUGAGGAAGGCACUAGGGGAUGAGACACAAGCCUCCUCCUCCCCCACACCAACAAGGUUUGAACAUGUUGUCUCUUGUGCUACUGCUGUAAGGCAAGGGUGGGCAAACUCCAGCCCGCGGGCCAGAUUCGGCCUGUGAAGUCCUAGCAUCCAG